UUGAAGGAGUCCCUGCUCUGGCUCAGCUGCUGCAGCUCGUCCCCACCCGACAGCAACAUGAAGGUCUCCGUGGCUGCCCUCGCCCUUCUCCUCAUCGCUGCCUUCUGCUCCCCGGCCUCCUCCGCGCCAAUUGGCUCUGACCCCCCGACUGCCUGCUGCUUCUCCUACACAGCCCGGCAGAUCCCCCGCAACUUCGUGAAGGAUUAUUACAGCACCAGCAGCAUGUGCUCCCAGCCGGGCAUAGUGUUCAUCACGAAGAAGGGCCGUGAACUCUGUGCCAACCCCAGUGACUCCUGGGUUCAAGAGUACGUGACCGACUUGGAACUGAACUGAGCGGAGCAGGGGCCAGACUGGGUGAUGCGCCGCCCCCGGCAGUGGGAGCGUAAACCCUCAAAGGACAGGGUGACGACACAGGAACAGGAGCUGAAUUUGCCCCAAACCCUGAUAAAAGUCAAGAAUUUGUAAAUAUCAUGUACAGCUAUUUAAAAUCCUGGAUCGGUGCAAAACCUACUAAUUAUACUGUAAAUUAUGUUAUUUAUAGACCGCUCGCUGUGAGCUGUGGGGGUGAGCCGCUGGGCCGGCUCUCUUCACAUCACAGACACGCAGAAGAUUGUUUAAUAUAUUUGGUAUUUAGCCCUGGCUGUGUCUGCUGCACUGCUGCGCAGUGGCUGGGGUGGGUUUGACAGAAAAUGAAA